AUGAAGGCGGCGUUCUCGCGGGGUGAGCCGCCCUGGCGGCGGCAAGGGCGCCACUGCGGGUAUAAAUACCGCCUCAGAUCUUCUCAGCGUCAGUUCCCAAAAAGCCUCCUAAUAAACAAGUGUAAAGAACUCUUCACAAAAGUCGCCAUGCAUAUUUCACUCUGUCUCGUCCUCUUGGGUUGCGUUGGUGCCUUGGCCUCGCACCCAUCACCAUACGCACCACCUCCGAGCUAUGGUUACCAUCAGCCACAGCCGAGCUACGGCAAGUACGGAAGUUACUGCGACCCGAAGGCACCCCCCGCAUGCUCGGUGAAUGGUACUCUGAUGUACUGCCUGGAAGAUGCGGAAUACCCCAGCUACGAAAUCAAGUUACGUCCGUAUCUCGGGGCCCCACUGCAAUUUUCGCAGUUGAUUAGAAGAAACUACGGUCAGCAGCUCUCGGCAGACGGAGCUUUAUUUGAUUAUUUCCCCAUCGGCAAAGCGAAUGAAAACAAACACCGAUUCACUUACAUCUCUGAUUUACGACUGCCGUCAUGGCUGACACGAAGUGAGAAUGCUCAACUCGACUCGUUGAAUCGGAGAAGCGUAGCGUCUCGCGAAUGCAUAAUCGUGGAUUUAUCUCCAACCGCGUUUUCUUGGCGGGACUUUGUG